UGUACACAUGAAUACUCUUUCGUGAGACUGCAUGACUGAAACACUGACUUGCACAAACCCUCAGGAGUAGCCUUACAAUCUUUGGAGGAAACACUCACAUUCUGCAGGUUAACUGGAAUAAACUGAAAUAUGAUGAUGAUGCCAGGGUCCACCUGUUUGUAAUUUGCCCUGUUUAACAUCAACACUGGUCGUUCCACUUGAAAAGUACACCAAGUUUACAAGGUAAUAACAUUCACGCCACUACCCACAGGAGCAAACAGACAGACUCCAAGGACUGUACUUUUUUCACACGGAAAGAAAUUCUUCGGUUGCACAGCAGAUACCAUGAAUUGGCUCCGCACCUUGUGCCCAUGGACUACACCAAUGACCCUGAUUGUAAAGUGCCGUUAGCCUUGAUAGUCAACAUGCCAGAGUUAAAGGAAAACCCGUUCCGCAACAGGAUAGUCGAGUCUUUCUCAGAAGAUGGAUUAGGGAAUCUGAGCUUCAAUGACUUUGUAGACAUGUUUUCUGUCCUCAGUGAAACGGCUCCUAGAGAACUCAAGGCCAUAUAUGCCUUCAAAAUAUAUGAUUUCAAUGUGGACAAUUACCUGUGCAAGGAGGACUUAGAAAAAACUCUGAAUAAGCUGACAAAGGAGGAGCUGACUCCUGAAGAGGUCCAGCUGGUGUGUGAGAAGACCAUAGAGGAGGCUGAUCUGGAUGUACGUUCCAUAUACGCAUCUGAGAGGGCUAUGUGGGACAUUUCAGAGGCUGGUCAUGCGGUGAAGCUCAGGACCAACCAGACCAAGUCCUGGCCACAGCACAGUGCCUGUCCCCCACUCCCAGUGUCAAGUCAACCAUCCAUGGCUCCUUCUUGUCCUCUUCUCCGGCUGUCGGCGAAGUCUGUUCAGACUGGAACACGAUGACAAUCAUAUCUUACUGUUCUCCAGUUGAAUGAAGGGCUCAGUCAUCUAAACGAAAUUAUUUCUGCUUCUGUUGCUCACCUGUAGCAUCUCCAUAUGUUGCCUCUGCAGUCAUUAACAUGAAAUGUUAGUUGCAGCCACCUUUUGAAUAUACAUUUUUCAGUAUUUGAUGUGAAUUCUGAUAUUUGGCUUAACUUUGAAUAAAGUUAUUUUCUCUGUGUUGUAAGUCAAUAAAUUUGUAUG